CUAUAUCUCGGAAUAUUAUUCAUAGUCCCCUGCAUCUCUGUGUAUAACUGUGUCACUAAGCAAACGCCAUCAUGCGUGCUCUGUCUCUCGCCUUCUACCUCCCUCUAGGGAUUCAACCCAGCAACUGCCAGGCGUGAGCAAUGAAGAAAUGGCGGCUAGUUUGAAACCAGCUUCAAAGCUUCCUUGAGUAAAAUCUCCACAGGGCCUAGAAUGGACAGGGACCAACAUACAGGAGCCAAAGCUUUGUAUAAAGAAAAAGAUGAACUGGAUGUUUUGAGAGUCCAUUAUGGUAGUCAGAGGCAGCAAAGCUUUUCAAGUUCAUCACAUGAGAAAGUAUCUCUUGUCGUGAGAAAUCUUGUCUGGUGAAAGAGAGAUGCAGUCAUUCAAAGAAAUAAACAGAGUUUCUGUGCAAAGGAGAAAGAAAUUGGACUUUUUUCCGUAUGAAAGCUGAUCUGAGUUCAUUUGUUUCUUGUAAAGAAGCUGCAACUGUGGACAAGCAACCAAUGCUUAAAUUAAAAGAAGGGGCCUAGUUGGCGAAAUAAAUUGUGUUGAACUGGCUAACAGAAGUUCUAAACAAGCUCAGUCAACAUUGUCAAAAGAAGCAGAAGUUCACCUUGGAGUGGAUAAUAAGCAAGUAGUUACUAGAACUACAACGCCCUCAGAUAUCAGACUUUGGAGGAAAGUUAUCAUAGCUAGCUGUGAUAUUGUAGAUAAAAGGUGAAAGAAACUUAGAUGACCUACUGAGAAUUUGACUAUGGACAAAGUUAUUGUGCCAGAUAUGAUCAGAAAGUCAAAGCAUGAACCGAAGUUAGAUCACAAAUGGAGUAUCUGCAAAAACACCAUGAAAGUAUGGACUAUGAUAUGUUAUCUAGAGAAUUGUUGGGAAAGUCCUGUGAAAAUGGUUUAGCGCAAAAAGAAUUUCAGCUGAAAGAGGAACAAGGAAGCAAUGGGGUAACCCUUUCCAUUUCCACUUAUCGAUUGGUUGCAUUGGAAUUGGCUGACCUAAAGAGUGCAGAAAUGGAAUCUCCUCAAAUAUUUGAUUCUGUUGGUUCUUGCUUCAAUCCUCUUUUUGGAGUAUCAUUGCAAUUGUGUUGUAGUUGUUCAGCUGUUUCGAUCCUUUAUCAGAAAAUUUUAGUUAUGGCGCCUUUAGAUGAGGUCAACAUUAAACAGCCUGCCUUUGUUGGGCCUGCUAAGAGCCUUUACGUCACACGAGCUCCCUUCCGCUGCAAAACUACCAAAAAGGCACUUUCAGACCUGAUAAUUGUGCAGAGUUUAGACGGGGAAGUUGUAUAUCUGAUGCAGAAAAGAUUUUCUUUAGAGGGACUAAAAAAUCUGAGUGAGCUUAAGUCAUUGUCUGCAGAAAAAGCAAGGUUGGCAAUGCAAAGUUUGAAAUCCCAUGGUUCAGGUGGACAAGGUAUAGAUGUAGGGCUGAGCAUUCGGCUCGAACCGAACCGAAUCAAACUAUCAAAACCAAAUUAAUCAAAUUAUCAUAUUUUAGAAACCGAAUCAAAUCAUAAUGAAUGAAAAAUCGAACCGAACUACUCGAUUUCGGUUCGAACUAA